AUGUCCCCGGACAGAUAUUCCCCGGACACCCGCAUGGACGAUCUCGCCAGCACGACAAGCCCACCACGCGAGAUUAGCGCUACGGGCAGUCCCCAUUCCCAUGGUAGUGGCGAAUUAUUUCAAUUAUCGCAUAUUAUACCGCAGAGCACGCAGAAUAUCGCGCCAAAUCCCACACGCCGGUCCCAAUCCCAUGACAGUACAGAAUUAUUUGAAACUCAAGUAAUAUCGCAUGUUAUACCGCAGAGCACGCAAAAUAUCGCCCCCAAUCCCACGCCCACGGUUAGUAUCGCCGAACGCCAGCGCCAACGUGUGCAAGACCAGCGCUAUGCAGCGCCCCAUAUUCAACACCAGGCGCAAGAUGCUCGGCAGUGGUUGGACGAGGAAACCAUUGAGCAGGAGAUAGCGCUGUGGCAGAAAAAAAGUGCUAUAUUUGCACUAUUGCGGGUCGGGAACGGAAUAAACACGAGUUAUACUUUUGCCGUGGGCCCAAAAGCGAUAAAGCCAAGGCAUGGGUUAAUCUGGUUCGCCAGCAUAAGAUUCUAUUCGCCAGAUAUACCGCUUGUUACCGCUGUUAUAUGCCGCAGACGAUCUGUCGACGAUGGGAGGUACUAG